AUGGUGGCUGAAGGAAAUGGCAACAGCGAGCUGGAGGGUGAGGCUUUCCGCAAGCUUUUCAUCGGCGGCCUGGCCUCGGUCACCACCGAUGACUCUCUGCGCACCUUUUACGAGCAGUUCGGAGAGAUCACCGACUGUAUCGUGAUGAAGGACCCGACCACGCAACGCAGCCGUGGCUUUGGCUUUGUCACUUUCGCGACGAUGGCUCAGGUUGACGCCGCCCAGGCUGCCCGCCCGCACGAGAUCGACGGAAAGAAGGUUGACGCCAAGCGCGCCGUUCCGAAGGACGCCAACGAUAAGGGAGCCUCGCAGGUGUCUACGAUGCGCCUGUACGUGAGCGGUAUCAAGGAGGCCCACACUGAGGCGGCACUCAAGGAAUACUUUGCCCAAUAUGGAAAUGUUCAAAAGGUCGACAUUGCGAAGGACAAGGCCACUGACAGCAUCCGCGGCUUCGCCUUCAUCCACUUUGACGACUAUGAUGCCGUGGACAAAUGCGUUCUCCUCAAGAGCCACACCGUCCAGGACAUGAGGUGUGAUGUCAAGAAGGGCCUCAGCAAGGACGAGAUGGCCAAGUUCGACCAAGGCUCUCGUGACCGUCAAUUCCGUGGCGACCGUACUGGCCGUGGCGGCUUUGGAGGACCGGGCGGACCCCGUGGAGGAGGACCCGGCGGAUUCCGAGGCGGCCGUGGAGGUGGACCCCGUGGAGGAGGAGCUGGCGGAUACGGAGGAGGACCACAGAACGCAUGGGCCAAUCAAGGAUGGGGAGGACCACAGCAGGGCGGAGGAGCUGGAGGCGGAUGGGGUGGAGCCCCGCAGCAGGGAGGCUGGGGUGGACCGCCUCAGCAGGGCGGAUGGGGAGCCCCGCAGCAGCCUCAACAGGGCGGAUGGGGACAGCAGCCGCAGGGAGGAGUCGGAGGAGGACAGGGCGGAGGAGCACCACAACAAGGCGGAUGGGGAGCACCACAAGGAGGAGGACAACAAGGAGGCGGAUGGGGACAACAAGCCGCUGGACAGGGAGGAUGGGGAAGGGGAUAU